GCAGGAGGGCAUGCGGGGAGGUCAGGGCACCCCGGCUGCGUGCGGCCACGUGUGUGUGUGUGUGUGCAUGUGCGUGUGGGUGUGUGCGUGCCUGUGCAUGUACCAACGGUGCAGCUGCAUCGGGGCGUGUGUGCUCUUAGUGUGAUGGCCGCGUGGGCCGGUACAGGGUGUUUGCGGGCAGGCGGGUGUCUGAGUGUUGCUGUGACCUGCAACAGCACAGCUGCCUGGAUUGAGCAGCCACCAGGUGCUGACAGGACUGGCAGAGGUGGCUGCUGCCCUCGUCCCCAGCCUGCAGUCCUGGGCGAAGGCUGACGCUGAACAGGGUCUGAGGCCCCUGCCUGGGUGUUUCUGGGAGGCUGGCGUGUCCCACGUGAGCACCACCGCGGGCAGCUGGAGGGCGUGGGGCAGGACCGUGAGCCUGGGAGGGGUGUGGCCCUCCGGUCCCGCCCGCAGUCCCACACCGGCCCCAGUCCCGCCCGCCCCGUCCCUGCCUCGCGCGCUGACGUCACCGGGACCUCCCGAUCCUUCGGCCCAGCUCGAGCUGCUCACGCUGCUGCCCGGGGCGCGGUGACCGACGAGGCCUUUGCUGGCUCCCGAGGGCGCGGGACUGCGAGGGUACGGAGGACCUGGAAGUACCCAUGCCUGAAGACGUCCAGGACCAGGCAGAGCUGGGCCUUGUGGGCCCUCGGACCAGCGUUCGUCUGUGGGGAGCCCCUGGUAGCCUCUCUGAUCAGUCCCAGGGAAGAUUCUGGACGAGAUCGUGGCCGUCCCCAGGGUGGUCCAUGGGCAGCAGCAGGGGCUCCCAGGAGUGGCCAGGCCCCACCCACCCACCAUGCUGCAGUGCAGACAGGCACAGGAGUUCAGUUUCGGGCCCCGGGCCCUGAAGGACGCCCUGGUCUCUACCGACGCAGCCCUGCAGCAGCUGUACACCUCCGCCUUCUCCCCGGCCGAGCGGCUCUUCCUGGCCGAGGCCUACAACCCGCAGAGGACACUCUUCUGCACCCUGCUUAUCCGCACUGCCUUCGACUGGCUCCUGAGCCGCCCUGAGCCCCCUGAGGACUUCCAGACCUUUCACGCCUCCCUGCAGCACCGGAGGCCCAGCCUGACUCGGAAGCACAUCUACCUACAGCCAAUAGACCUGAGUGAGGAGCUGGUGGGAAGCUCCCUGCUGCACCAGCUGCGCAGCUGCACGGAGGCCUUCUUCCUGGGCCUGCACGUCAAGUGCCUGCCCUCAGUGGCAGCCACAUCCAUCCGCUGCUCCUCGCGCCCCAGCCGGGACUCUGACAGACUCCAGCUCCACACAGACGGCAUCCUGUCCUUCUUGAAGAACAACAAGCCCGGAGACGCGCUGUGCGUGCUGGGCCUCACACUGUCUGACCUGUACCCGCAUGAGGCCUGGAGCUUUACCUUCAGCAAGUUCCUUCCAGGGCAUGAAGUGGGUGUUUGCAGCUUCGCCCGGUUCUCAGGGGAAUUCCCAAAGUCGGGACCCAGUGCUCCUGAUCCAGCCCUGGGAGAGGCGGUGACAGACGGCCCUGAGGCCCCCCUGCAGGACAGAGGCUGGGCCCUGUGCUUCAGCACCCUGGGGAUGGUUCAGUGCUGCAAGGUCACAUGCCAUGAGCUCUGCCACCUCCUGGGCCUGGGGAACUGCCGCUGGCUCCGCUGCCUCAUGCAGGGUGCACUCAGCCUGGAUGAGGCCCUGCGGCGACCCCUGGACCUCUGUCCCAUCUGCCUGCGGAAGCUGCAGCACGUCCUGGGCUUCAGGCUCAUCGAGAGGUACCAGAGACUCUACACCUGGACUCAGGCGGUGGCGGGGACAUGGCCCAGCCAGGAGGCAGGGGAGCCGUCGGUGUGGGAAGACACCCCGCCCAUCAGCACCGACUCAGGCAUGUGCUGUGAGAGUGACUCAGAGCCAGGCACCAGCACGUCGGAGCCCCUCACCCCUGAUGCCUGGAGUCAUGCCUUCUCCUCGGGGCUGGAGCCAGAGGACGGGUUGAGCUCCCUGGAGGCCUCUGAGGCUCCGCCUUCACUUGGGGGCCCUGCAGAGGCCAUCAAGGAGCACAAACGGUGGCUGGCCAUGUGCAUCCAAGCCCUGCAGCGGGAAGGGGCGGAGGAGGAGCUGGCGCAGGUGGACAGAGCCGUGGAUGCCCUCAACCACUGGGAGAUGUUCACUGGCCAGCUCCCGGCCACCAGGCAGGAACUUCCCUGUGGCAGGGACAGUGCGGGGCUGCGUAAGGUCCUAGGGGACAAGUUCUAUUCCCUGAGGAGGAAGCUGAGUGCCCGAAAACUCUCCAGAGCAGAGUCGGCCCCCUGUUCCUGGGACGGGGAAGAGAAUUAACACUGUGGCGGCCGCCCUGUGUCUCCUUCCCUAGGAUGCUGGCCAUCACUGUCCAGUAGCUGGGGCCACUUCCCACCUGCCAGGGAUUCAGAGGAAGGGUCUAGCUGGGUAGUGGCUCAGGCCUGUCAUCCCAGCACUGUGGGAGGCCAAGGUGGGGGGGGGAUUGCUUGAGGCCAGGACUUUGAGACCAGCCUGGACAACACGGUAAGAUUCUGUCUCUACAAAAGAAAAAUUUUAAAAUGAGCUGGAUGCAGUGGUUCCUGCCUGUGGUCCCAGCUAUGCGGGAGGCUAAGGUGGGAGGAUAGCUUGAGCCUAGGAGGGCAAGGCUGCAGUGAGCUGUAAUCAUGCCACUGUACUCCAGCCUGGGCAACAGAGCAAGACUGUUUCCAAAAAAAGGAAAGGUUAUUUGGAAAAGCUACAGAACGCUCGUCAUUAGGCAGCUCCUUCAACUCCUGUGCCCCAGCCAGCAGCCCUCAGGGGCCUGCACACACGGAGGGGCCUCCCUGCUCCUGGGCACUUCUCGUGGAGCACAAGGUGGACUGUGCUGGGGGUGGGGCAGAGCCCCCUCGCCUGUAGAGGCAGAAGGAAGCAGCGGGUGUCCUGUCUCCUUCCAGGCUGCGGGCCUGCCCCUCAGUUAUUUAUAGCAGGAAGCUGGAGAGGCCAGCUCAGAUGAGGAGUGACCCUGGGGGCAGACAGGCUCCACGCUGCAAUCCAGCUUCCAAGGCUAGGUCUCCCUGCUAAAGGGGGGAGCGAUGGAGAUUUGUUUCUGUCUCAAGUGUCAACCACAUGCACACAGGAAGGGUCACUUUCUGUGGUGGCAUCUGACCCUUACGGAUUUCACACGGGCUCUCCGUGGAAGUUCUGGGGUUUGCCCUCUCUUCUGACCAACGCUGCAGGAGCUGGUGUUCACUGAGGGCAGGGGCUCCUCAUUCCUGAGGCGGCUGCCACUCACCGUGGGGAAAGCAGACUGCGGUGAUGUUUUGGGGAAGUUUCUUGGCAAAGGCGUCUGCACCGUCAGAGCCGAGCAGGUGGAGGUGGUGAUCAGAUGGUCUCUUUCCUUUUGGUCUAGUUCUUUCCAUUGCUGAAAGGGGUGUUUUCUCCAUAGCCAGGGCUGAGCAUUUUAUCUGUCUCCUUUUAAUUUUGGUUCCUGCAUUUUGAAGCUCUUUUAUGUCAAUGCA